AAUGCUAAACUAAGCCGUGUUCGUGCUAGUGUAUUUCGUCCUUAACAAAUAAUUGCUUUUAAUUGUGCAUAAUUGUAUAUUAUGCACAUUAUUUAAUUGUAAAUAAUGUGCAUAAUUGCUUUUACUUUUGGUAACAACAGCACUCAGUUUUACAGUUUUACAAGGUUCCGUACACCAGAAAAUUGUCACUCCAUAACAUCAUGCGUAGUUUUAAAUCCCCAAAAAUGUGAGCAGUUAAGCGCGAUUCAGUGGCGGCCGUCUCAGCAAAACUGCAUCGGGUUAAGCGGGAAUCAGUUGAUAUAAUCCGGUAACUACGGAAAUGGAAAGCAUAGGCUUCCGCAAUUCCGGUGCUGUCGAAGAAAUUGGCAGCAGUAUACAGUACCGCUACACUAAGGAUGACUUUAUUGGGAGGGGAGCGUUUGGAGUAGUUUACAAAGCCAAAGUCAGAAAAGCACUUUUCCGAUUUCGCACUCCUCCCGAGCCAGAUUUCGUAGCCGUCAAAGUGAUGCAUGUCGCAAUUAAAUCUGGAAUUGCUGCCGAUCAGGAAAACUGGAUGACCGCUGUAAAGAGAAUGAGACAGCUUCCUGGACUGAAGCACAAACAUAUCGUACGCUACCACAAGGUUUCCAUCACAAAAUCUUCCGGCGGGGUGACAGUGGAGCUGGCAAUGGAUUAUCAUAAAGGUGAUCUGGCGUCGUUUUUAAGGGAAGCUAAGGAAAACGCAACGCUUUUGAACAACUGGGGAAAAGUGAUUCGAUUCGCAGAGGACAUGACCCACGGCCUUGAAUUCCUCCAUCAAAAAAGCAUUAUUCACGGCGAUUUGAAGCCUGAAAAUAUACUUCUGAGCGUCUCGCAAAAUGGCAGCGAGAAACUGGUGAUUGGCGAUUUAGACGAUCUGGUGCAAAUGAAAGAAAGCGCCACCUGCUCUGCAGACUUAUCCCAGUUACGUGGCACAACGCGCUACAUGGCGCCGGAAAUGCUGCGAAAAUUUUCACAACAAGAAGCAGAGCGACCUGGACGAAAAACGGAUAUGUGGAGUCUGGGAUGCAUCAUUCUGGAGAUUGCCGAAAACUAUGCACGCGUGCCCAAGAAAAAGCUCGUAAAGGAUGGGAAUGUCGUCGAUGCGGGAAGCGCUCUUGCAGAUUACCAAUAUGCACACUUGAUAAUCGACGGUUACGUUCCAUCUGUGAGCAACGACAUUGAGGACAAUUUAGCGUGGCUCAUUCGACAGUGUUUGGAUACAAGUAGCGCAAACCGAUUAUCCGCCGGAAAAUUACUGCAAAGGCUAGCGAGAAAAGACGUCAUAGUAUUUAUUGGGCUCAGGCAGUCUGAAGAUCUCUGCGUCAUAAUAUUCGAUCCGUUGACUAACUCUGUUAAUGUUCAUGAGGUGCUGGGCGCACCAAAAUUUGAGGGGUAUCUGUGUUGCGCGCUAGCGGUAACAGGCAACAGAAUUGUAUUUACGGAAUUGAUACAUCACGGUGACGUCUACAAGGAGAAAUUCCAUUUGUGGAAUGUCGAAACAUGAGGUCACCACCAGCCAGUUUUAGAUCCGUAUGCAUUGGUGACUGCGGUAGAGGACAAGGCUUAUUUCUUUGACGAUACCGGAAUCUUUCUAGAAAUUAACAUUUCUACAGGCGAAAUUGCACCUUCAACUCAACCAAAUCAACGGUAUGCCUUUUUUGUUGGGGCAGCAUACAUUGCAGUCUUGGUAUCAAACGAUUCUAGCUUUUUAUAUUUCAUAGCCCUGAUACCUUUCUACAAGCGGUGGCCAAAUGCCGUGAGCAGUUAUUUUAUGCUAAUGAGAUGAGCCUCUUCCAGUAUGACACGGUGAUCAAGGAAUGGAUGUACUUACCAGAUCGGCAACAACGGCGCGCUGAUUUUGCAAUGGCUGUGGUCAGCGGACACAUAUACAUUUUGGGCGGAGAGCUUUUAGACGACGCAAAGCUUUACUGCAACAGCUUUACUGCCCGUCACUUUACUGCAACAGCUGACUGUAUUCGUUUGAGACUGGGUAGUACAACUUGGGAAAAGAUUGAACCACUUCAUCAGCCCAGAUGGCGGCAUGCUGCUUGUGUUGUCAAAGAUCGGAUAUACAUCUGCGGCGGUAGGCAUUCUGGAGGCAACCCCGCCGUUACGAUAGAGGUUUACGAUACCGAAGGCCACGCAGGAUGGUUGACUGUCAAUCUGCCGCUCAAGGAUAACGAACAGUUUGCAGCCUGGCUGGCUGCAUACAGUAUUUUGUGGUAUACACCUGCAAUCACGGUUUCCGUUAAGCAGUAUAUUGACAUCUUUUCAGAUAUAACCGCUUAAAGUCUCAAACGGCGUUUAGCAUCAUGCGUCCUUGUGCAUCGACUUGCAUAAUUGAAGCUUCCGAUACAAAGUAUCAAAUGAUGAAAAGUAAAUGCAUUUGGUUUACUCUGGUUAGAGUACCACAAGUUAUAAAAAA